AUGAGCAGCGGAGCCAUGUUCCCCUGCAGCGCUCUUCCUCCACCUUUCUACCCGAGCCUGCUGCGCCCUGGCCCGGCCCUGUCCUCGCCCCUCAGCCGCUCUAUGCCGUCAGGAUUCCUCGUGGAGGACCUUCUGCGGAUAAGUCAGCCUGUCAGCUACCUGCAGCGCACACUGGCCCACAGGACACCCAGUGAGCUGUUCUCCAUGAGCCCAGGCUGUGUGAGCCUCUCUCCCCGGAUGCCAGAGCCCCGAGAGCCGCUGCCUUCUCGCACCAGCCCCGGGUCACCGCACACAGGCUCCGCACACCUCAAGUUUGGUGUCAGCGCGAUCCUGGCGUCCUCACGCACCGGUUGCUCUCCUCCAUCUGCACCAAGUCCGCAGCCCAAAUCCUUCCCGCUGCCCUUCUUCGAUGGUCACCUUCACCCGUUCAUCAAAGCAACUUAUUUCACAGGUUCCUCCCCCGUAGUGCCCAUCCCAGGGACAUUCUCGUGGCCUCUGGCCCCCAGAGGAAAGCCCCGAAGAGGAAUGCUCCGGCGGGCUGUGUUCUCAGACCUGCAGAGAAAAGCCCUGGAGAGAACGUUCCAGAAACAAAAGUAUAUCAGCAAACCAGACAGGAAGAAGCUGGCAGGCAAACUGGGCCUCAAAGACUCACAGGUGAAGAUCUGGUUCCAGAACCGCAGAAUGAAGUGGAGGAACUCGAAAGAGCGGGAGCUUCUGUCCACGGGGGGCUGUCGCCAGCAGACCCUCCCCACAAAGACAAACCCUCACCCAGAUCUCACAGAUGUGCGUCCUGCAUACUGCCCCUCUCUGGACAGGUGUGGUACUGACAGCCAGACGCUGAGUGUUCAGAGCAGCAAACAGACGGACUACGAGUCAGACUCAGAAGAAAUCCACGUGUCGUAA